UACGGGCCUAUCACGCUUCGGCAAACACAUUGAGCGAUUCCCGUGGUUCCUCCUAUCACCUUCCCUUGUUGCCUAUAGGCCCGGCGUUCGGCAACACUUCGCUUUAAUGGACAAAAUAUCUAGGGGGCGUACAGCGACGCUGUUUCUCGGAUGUGGUUGGAAAUCCGGUUUCUCGAGUUAGACAAGCUAACGAGACAGCUCCGUUUCAGCACUCCUGCGACUUAUAUUGUUUUUGUUACGUUCUUCAGGUGCCCAUAGGAUUGGCUCUUCUGUUGGUCUUUAAAAACUUUAAAGUCCGCGGUUGGUUUUAGGAGUUGUCCAGGGGUGUGCAAGUUGCUGUUACGACAGAUUCGGCCACAAAAGAGUGUUGUCAGAAUUGAGUACGUCAGCCGUGACAGGUCGGACAGGUAGUCAAGGCACGUUCAGACCGUACAGGUAGUCACAACAGAGGCACCGGUACUGUAAGCGUCACCAGCGGGUUGGACGUUGGUUUGGACACGACGAGAAACACUACAGAACAGGUGUACAAGCAGAUCCAGACGACAUGAAGAAGAAGAGAACCACUCCCCGCUCCAUCUCCCCGCGGCGUCAGAGAGACAUGGUCCUCCCGGUGACCAAGCGGGUGUGGCCGAGCACGUACUGUGACCACAUGCCCCGCCUCAAGUCUCCGCUGCACCUGGAUACCAAGUUCCAGAAAGGCUGGAACGAGCUGGAUUUCGAGAAUCUGGGCGACAAGCCGGCAGUUUCCUACCAUGACAUAGAUGACCGUAAGCCUGACCGGCGGUCCAAGUCCGGAGGGUACCUGAAGUCGGGCGGGUACGGGAGUACCGGGGACUCGGACGAUGAGGACGUGGACACCGCCAGGAGGAUGGUGGAGACCGCCAUGAGUCUGACGUCUCCCAGGGCUUCAAUGGAACGCGACAGGGCAAGCGGGUGGCGCAAUGUGCUGUCCAGGAACUCCGCUAGGAGGCGCUCUGGAAGAAAGCAGACGGAGAGCCCUUUCACAUACUGAAGAGGGCCAGCUGUUUCUCCACGCAUAAUGCUGCUAUGCAUUUAAUAAUUGUGCUAUAUGGGUUUGCAGUAUUGUUGCAUCUUUUGGCAGAAGUUACUUUGGAACUUAAAUGCACUUGGUUUAAGACUAUAAGCAAUUUUGAUAAAAUUAUGCCAAUCAAUGCAAACUGUCAUUCCAAAAAUUUUAACAGGACAUUGGAUAUUGUAUAUUUCCUACAGCUUUGACUAGAUAUUGUGAAAGAUAUAUGGUGAAAAACACUUUUUAGAGCUUGCAAAUAACUUCGAUCUGGCAUAAAUUAACAGAACCUUUUCCAAAUGGCUAACAAUUCCAGGACUAUUCAUGAGAUUUUCCUACAGAACAUGAUUGAAAUUUCCAUUCCUCAAGGUAAACUUAUUGUGCAACUGCAGCUUUUAUUAACUAAAGUGUUGUAGGCAAGGUUUCAUGAUUUUGUGAAGUGCGCAUCAAAGCGACAAAUUUCACUUUUAAUGUAGUAUUAUUAGGAUAUAAUCUGUACUACGUGCACUAGGGGUGGGUACCAGUACAUUGUACGUACUGGUACAAAACCUUUUAUUUUCUUGUUGGACCAGACAAAAAAAGAGGACCUGAAAAAAACAACAGUGGACCGGAUAUUGUACCGGUUAGAAAAUGAACAGAUUUUAACAGCAGGUGUUCAUGUGUUUCGUGAUUUACCAGUGCAAGAAAUUAACAAGAGCAAAGUAGACAAUCAGGUUCAGGUCUGGACCUGCACCGUACCUGUACCUGAAUUUUCUGUACCGGUACCCACCCCUAACGUAAACACAGUAUCUAAUCAUAUAUCUACACUAUAUUUCUCCUGUUUGCAUGUGAUAGUAGUAUAUCCCUGCACACUAUAUACAUGUAGAUGGUGUUGUUGCAUAUCUAUAUUGAAUAAAAGAAAAUAUACAAACUUUA